AUGUACCAUCGUAUUUACAUGGCAUCCUCUCCGUUUCACCCCAGCAUUCCUUCUCGAAUACGCAUCCUAUCUGCCGAUGCAUCAUCUAUCUAUCCGCUCGCGCGGCUCGGCGUCUGCGAGGAACCGAAGACAUCAAAGUGCUUUCGACGCACCGCCUAUCGCUCACGGGCGAACCAUACAAGCUGCAAAUUCAAUUCACCGCCUCUCAGAGCGCGCAGCGAUAGUGCCGACCCGCAGCCUCCUUUACGAGCCCGCCAGCGCGGCUCUGACCCGCGUCGGCGGGGCGCCCGCGCCAGGCACGUCGGAAGUAAUAACGUGCGCAUGCACAUAUUCUACGCACAUACGCAAGGAAGCGUGCUAGGUUCGCACCAGAACAUAUCACGCCAGCUUUCAUACCGAUCCAGCCACGACACGAACAAAAUUUGUCAGUCGGCCGGCAUGGGUGGGGUGGGAGCGGUCGCAGGAAGAGCGUCAAGCGACGCCCAAAGAGACUCAAGCGAGCGCCGCCAGAACCUCAGCACGGCGCCACAACAGGUGGCAGCGGCGGCGGCGGCGGCGGCAGCGAGACGCGUCGCGCAUAAAUCGCCAUUAUAA